AAUAACUCACGGAGUGAGGAUGCUAACGUAUCUAAGAAAGCGAUACUAGAGAUAUUACCAGAGGCAUCUGCUGAUGAUGAUUCCGUAGUAGACCAGCUCGAGCAACAUGCACCUGUUUGUAAAGCAAAUGAUGUGAUAUCAGAAGUGUUAUCAGAGGUCAACUUCAAGUCACCGGAGGAGAGAGAGAUGGAUAAAUUCUUAAAUGAGGCACAUAAGAAAAAUAAGAUCUUUGACGAUUCUGAUGAAAUUGAGCUUACUAAAAAUCAAAAUAUAGAACUAGAUUUACGGAAUGGUAUGCUUAUUACUAUACCUGAUCCUAUAGAAACACCUCCUGAAAUUACAACACAAAGCUUAAUUAAUUCGUUUAGAAAAAUUAUACGAUCUGGACAUGAAGAAAUUUUAUCCUGGAUUCGUUAUUCAGAUAAUUUUGAGAAUAAA